ACGGUUGAGAUGAGGGGAUUGGAGGGUUGCAGCGGUCGGCAGGGUGGGAGGAGAUCCAUUGGCAAUUUUCCCGUGCUCGUGUGGAAAUUUGGAAAACGACCCUUUACAGGAAACCUUCUCUUCUAAUAUCGCAUGCAGCACGUCCUCCUGCCCCGUCAUCCACCGUCUCACGCCCACGUGUAUCGCCGGAGAUCCCGUUGGAUUUCCACGCCGGGAUCCCUCGAAGACGACCCUCUCCGGGAUCCGGCCCGUGAAGCGGUCGGUUGAAGCUGCAAAGGGAGAUUAUUGAAACAUGAAUGUGGCAGGGAACCUGGGUUUUCUUAAUACCUCAUCUCAUGAAAGAUGUGAAAGCUACAUUGUUUUCCAUGCUGAAACUUCACUUUCAAAUGGAAUACGAGCAUUCUUGUAUUUUGUCGCUCUUGCCUACUGCUUCAUUGGGUUGUCAUCUAUAACUGCUCGUUUUUUCAAAUCGAUGGAGAAUAUUGUUAAGCAUACACGUCAGAUUGUGGAAAUAGAUCCUUUAACAGGCACUGAGUUGAUUAAGUAUGAAAAAGUUUGGAAUUACACUAUAGCAGACAUCACUUUAUUGGCAUUUGGAACAAGCUUUCCGCAGAUCUCUUUAGCAAUAAUCGAUUCAAUCCAAAAUAUUGGUCAGUUGAAUGCUGGAGGUUUAGGGCCAGGCACACUUGUUGGUUCUGCUGCAUUUGAUCUAUUUCCUAUCCAUGCUGUUUGUGUGGUAGUCCCAAAAGCAGGUACUUUGAAAAAGAUAUCAGAUAUAGGAGUUUGGCUAGUCGAGCUGUUCUGGUCAUUUUGGGCAUAUGUUUGGCUCUACAUAAUUUUAGAGGUUUGGACACCUACGAUGAUCACUCUUUCUGAGGCUGUGCUAACAGUCUUACAGUUUGGGUUGCUACUGGUUCAUGCAUAUGUUCAAGACAAACAAUGGCCAUAUUUGUCGAUUCCACUUGGAAGAAGUGAUAGGCCAGAAGAAUGGGUCCCAGAAAAUGAAACUUUAUUUAUCAAUGGGCAUGACACACGUGAAUCAAAUGAUAAUUGCUGUGAGAUUCUUCAAGUUAGCGAAGGUCAACAGAGUAAUGUGGUUGAUAUAUUCUCCAUCCAUUCAUCUAAGGACACAGAUUUAGUCUACAAAAUUAUUCCAGAUAAUGAUACGGAAGAACCUUCAGAACUAUAUUGCAACAAGAUGGUUGACAAUAAACGGGAUGUCCUUUCAGUUUGGAUGCAACAAUUUCUUGAUGCACUGAGGUUGGAGAGCACUGAAUCAAAGAAAAUGGUCAGUUUCUACUUGUGGAUAGGGAGAGUCCUUUGGAAAUUAAUCCUCAUGCCCUGGAGAUUAUUAUUUGCUUUUGUGCCCCCAUAUCAAAUUGCUCAUGGUUGGAUAGCAUUCAUUGGCUCUCUUUCUUUUAUAAGUGGGAUAGCCUAUGUGGUUACCAAGCUUACAGAAGGAAUAAGUUGUGUGACAGGAAUAAAUCCUUAUGUCAUAGCUUUUACAGCACUAGCCAGUGGAACCUCAUGGCCUGAUUUAGUUGCAAGCAAGAUUGCUGCUGAGCGUCAAAUCACUGCAGAUUCUGCCAUUGCUAACAUCAUUUGCAGCAACUCGGUGAACAUAUAUAUUGGCAUUGGCAUUCCAUGGCUGAUAGACACAACUUACAACUUCUUUGUGUACCAAGAACCAUUGUACAUUCAGAACGCAGGAGGCCUAAGCUUCUCCCUGUUGGUAUCUUUCUUCUCAUUGGGUUGCUGCAUCGAACAGAUAAUAAGAUACUGAAGUUUAUACGAUAUUGGAUCUCAGAUAUUUUUCUUUCUUGUCAGGCUAUAGUGUUGAUGCUCGAUGAAUGACUGUAAAUUUACGGGAUGUCAUCUUUGUUCUUCUUUUUAGCAUUUUUGGGGGUAGUUCAUACAUGGUCUUGUAUUCGGUAAUAUAUAUAUAUAUAUUAAAUCUCUGAAUUAAUUCAUCUCAAUAUGUAGCUUGAUGUUUCUUAAGAGUUCCAUUUUUGUCUGAGUGUUUUUAUUUUCUUUUUGAGCUUUGAUCCUUGUCACUCCGAACAUGUGUAAACCCGGGUAUUCUGUAUUUUCCUUUAUUUUCACCUUGUACAAUAUAAAACGAUUCAUAUUUAUCUUUCUUAAU